UAUUUUCCCAAAAUGGACACAUGCUACAUCUAUAGACUCCCAAACGAGAUACUUUUCCACUUAUUAACGCCAAUUCCAACUCCCGAAUUACUCCCUCUGACACUGAUCUCUCAUCGAAUAUACACCAUCAUCAUACGGAUCCUGCACAACCGCCUCGUCGCGGCUUCGGAACUGGAGUCCCACUCUGUCCUGCUCGAGUGCUUCCACCCCAGCGCCAAACUCACGGAGCCACCGUACUUUUGCACCUACCGCGGCACAGAUGGUUUGAAUUUGUACGAUGGUUUCGCGGAAGAUGACUCGAAUCUUGCGGCACGAUUAGGCCAGAUGCGCCACAUGUAUUCACGGUUUCGACCGUACCGGCGCGAAUUGGAGACUGGUGGUAGGAGGGUGAUGGGUCCUCCCGGUGAUAUUCCGGGAAGCCGGACGUAUCCGGGGACCACGCAAGAUAAGUACGAGGGCGAGUCGGUGAAGCAGAUUUUAAGUCUGGAUGGACAUGAAUUGUUUACUCAGUUGGUGUCGCAGACGAAUCUAGUCAAGAUUGGACCAAGGAAUGGGUUGUUCAGUAGUUUUGUGGAGGUCGAAGAGGGGGUCAUUCGAGUUUGGAGGAAGUGGUUGAGGGAUAUGGCAGCGGGGCGUCAUAAUGGGGAGAGUGCUGUGGGCGAUGAGCCGGUAGAGGUUGUUGGUAAAGUCAAGGAAGCAGUACAGGAGGUCACUGAAGGGGAUGUGAGUGCAAAAUCAGCUAACAAUCACUCGGUGCUAUGGGUCAGUCCUAGUCAGAAUACGGGUAUACGCUUCAACGUCAAGGAGCGCAAGCUGAGGAGAGAUGCUCCCAUUCUUAUCAGGGCCGACGAAGAAGACAUGCCAGUUAGCUACGAGAUUGAGUAUGAUGAACUCCUGAUACGGACUUCGCAUCUCUUACUCAUGCUUGAAAAGUCAAUGGUACAAGAGGACAAUUCAACAGGCAAAGCUGUAGUCUUUGGAUCCUUUGGAUAGGGUCCGUCCAUAGCAUGUGACCAGCAUUCCAAUCGAGAUGCAACUAUAGAACAUUCAUGCUCACCCCUUGACCAAUUGAACCUAUUAUAUAUGAUGGCUUGUUACGCCCACAAUGUAGUUCAUCAACUGACCUGUAAUGAAUACACAUUCAUAACGAUCGGUCGGCUGUCUUCCAUAUGCAGACGACGCAUACAUCACACAUGGGCGACGAUGCCAAGAUGUGAAGAUACCCACAUCAUCAUUAUGGACAUCGGAGUCUUGCAGAAGACCAUGUAUACGAAACCAGCUCGUACAUAUACGACGCGUGUAUUGUGAUGACGCCCACAACAUCGCUUCAUGUCCACCUUUGGGAAACAUUCUAGAUUCGACAUUUUGCCUUUUUAGAGCUGCAAUGCAAUGCGGUACGGAAACGGUUGUGGGUCUUGCCCUUUUCUUUCCUUUUGUGAGGGUAGCGGGCCGUUACCGUACGCUUUUCUUUUUCUUCCCCGAGUCUCCCGAGGAAAGGUGGCUGGAUGUGUAACGUGGGGCGACAAUCCGUCCCAAAGUAUAAUUUGCUGCCAUUUUCCCUGGAGGGAAUGAGCGGCAUAGUACGCCGAAACGCAAGAAUGACGGCAAAGAGAAAAGGAUGAGUCUAGUGUCACAGUUGGAUAAGGUGGGAGACUGUUUAGGCCGCGUGAAAUGGGGCCGGAAUCUCACAAAACGCUGUCGGUCACCGGUGAAGCCAGUCACUCGGC